GAGGGAAUCAAGUGAACUGCAGGCUUGACAAACAGCACCAGGAAGCACGGCAACUGCCAAAGGGACAGGACCAGACUGGAUGGGAAGGGGUUACCGAGCUGCCUCUGAGUAUGGCCAGGGGCUUCUGAAUUGCUCCAAAGAUCAAGCAUUUUGCCUUUACUUUUUAUAGAAGGCCAGAGUUUCCUGUGCUAAGAGCAAACAGAGCAUUGCACUCAGGGGUGACUCUGCACUGGGCGAGGUGCAGCCUGUCACCUGACCGGCUCUGCAGCUGCUGGUGGCAUCAGGCCGCAUUCCGUGAAUUCUUCCACCCCGCACCGCAAUGAACAACUUCAGGUUCACUGAGCUGAGUGGAUUCCACUCACUGUGCCCUCGGAGUCAGCUGCCCAAAUCUCCCACCCAGUCGCAACACAGACAGCUGAGUAACAGCAGGCGCGCCUUUGAGGAGUAGCACGCAGAGAGUGUCAAAGAAGACCUCACAGUCUGGAGAAAAAUGACCUUUCAAGGAAUACGAAAUAUACCUCCUGCUACAUGUUUUUGCCUUACUAAACUCUGAUAACUGAAACAUAUGGCCCUGGGUCUUCAGAAAGCCAACUGAGUAUUAAACUCCUCAUCAUGCAUCAGCUGUUCAGAUUGGUCUUGGGACAAAAAGAUCUUUCCCGAGCUGGGGACCUCUUCUCCUUAGAUGGCUCUGAGAUUGAAGACAGUCUGACGGAAGCACUGGAGCAAAUUAAAAUAAUUAGCUCAUCUUCAGAUUACCAAACCAAUAACAAUGACCAGGCAGUGGUUGAAAUCUGCAUCACUCGAAUCACAACAGCCAUCAGAGAGACCGAGUCGAUUGAAAAGCAUGCCAAGGCCCUUGUGGGGCUCUGGGACUCCUGCCUGGAGCACAGCCUGAGACACCCUGGGAAAGAUGAAGACACGCCCCAUGCAAAAAUCGCUUCUGAUAUCAUGAGCUGCAUUUUACAGAAUUACAAUCGGCCCCCUGUGAUGGCAUUAGCCAUCCCCAUUGCAGUGAAAUUCCUCCACAGAGGCAACAAGGAACUACGCAGGAAUAUGUCCAACUACCUGUCCCUGGCUGCAGUUACCAAGGCAGAUCUCCUGGCUAAUCACACAGAGGUUAUACUAAAGAGCAUACUCCAAGGUAAUGCUGUAUUGUUGAGGGUGUUAUCUGCUGUGUAUGAAAAGCAGCCUCAGCUGAUUAACAGACACCUGUCUGAACUCCUGGCCUUGAUGUCGCAGCUGGAACCACCAGAACAGUACCACCUCCUACAGCUUCUGCAUGUAGCUGCAAAGAGAAAGCAACCCGAGGUGGUUCAGAAAUGUAUACCUUUCUUAAUUGAGCAUUUGAAGGAUUCGACCCAUAAUGAUAUCAUCCUAAACAUUCUCAUAGAGGUAGCAGGCUAUGAACCAGUGGCUCUGAACAGUUUUCUCCCCAUGCUGAAAGAGAUUGGUGAGAGAUUCCCCUACCUCACUGCACAACUGGCAAGGAUCUACGGAGCUGUUGGCCAUGUGGAUGAAGAGAGAGCCAGGAGCUGCCUGCCAUUCCUGGUGAGUCAGCUGGCCAACAUGGAACAUUCGUUUCAUCACAUUCUGCUGCUGGAGAUUAAGAGCAUCACUGAUGACUUCUCCUCCAUCCUGGGCCAUCAGAGCAAAGACAUCUUCCGCAUGAGCAACAGCUUCACUGCCAUUGCAAAGCUCCUUACCCAGCAACUGGAAAACACCAAGGCCAGACGUGGCAGGAGAAAAACCAGCACUGAAAUGGAGUUCCCUGAGAGGCUGGAAGAAACCAAGCUUACUGUAGCUGAAAAUGAAGACCAUGAAAAGCUCCAAGUUAAAAUACAGGCUUUUGAAGACAAAAUAAAUGCUGAGAGCAAUACUCCUGGUUCUGUCCGAAGAUACAGUUUGGGCCAAAUUUCAAAGGAUGAAAGAAAGGACAUCAGAUUUAACAGGUCCAGGAGUUUGGCUUUGCACACUGUGCUGGCAAAGAGCAUGAGCUCAGAUGAUGGGGAAACUGUAGAGAGUGGAGCUGCUCCAACCAGCAUCUCUCUUUCAGCACUAGACCCCCUUGGCCAAGGCAACGACAAGCCACCCUUUAAGGCAGACACUGAUGGAUCACAGCUGCGAAAUUCUUUAGUUCCUCACGCAAGCCUUAUGCAUAUAGAAUCAGCAAAUUUGCCAGAAACAGUUAAAGAAAACUGCCAUGAAGAAACUCCAGAGACAACCACAAGUCCCGCGGAAUACCAAGAUAAGCUCUACUUGCACUUAAAGGAAAACUUCAGUAAAGUGAAAGCAUACGCGGUGGAAAUUGGAAAGAAGAUUCCAGUCCCUGAUCAGUGUACUAUUGAAGAUUCUGUUAGAAGUUGUGUUGCAAAGCUGUUCUUCACCUGCUCCCUGAAGGGUCAUUACUGCCUGUACAGUAAAUCCAGUUUUAUUCUCAUCAGCCAAGAACCUCAGCUGUGGAUACAGAUCAUGUUUCUAUUUCAGCAGAGCCUGUUUCCUGAGCCCCUGUCCAUACAGAGUCAUUCUGUGCAGCUUCUCAGAGCUCUGUGGGAGAAGACCCAGGAAGACAGUGCUCAGAGCUUCGAAGCAGCCAUGAUGGAGUCCACCUUUCCACAGCAGAAGUCACCAAGAAGCAAGAAAAUGCAGAUAAGGUGGGCAGGAAGAGAGAGGGAACAUGGUCAGGACCUGGACCAGGCACAGCUCCAUCUGGAAGAAGUGAGGUUCUUUGAUGUGUUUGGCUUCAGCAAUGCAGCAGGAGCAUGGCAGUGCUUCAUGUGCAACAACCCCGAGAAAGCAACUGUUGUAAAUCAAGAUGGCCAGCCUCUCAUAGAAGGAAAACUUAAAGAGAAGCAAGUCAGAUGGAAGUUCAUCAAAAGGUGGAAAACCCGUUAUUUCACCCUGGCUGGAAAUCAACUUUUAUUUCAAAAAGGAAAGUGUAAAGAUGAUCCUGAUGACUCACCAAUAGAACUCAGCAAAGUACAGAGUGUGAAGGUUGUGGCCAGGAAACGCAGGGACCGCUCUCUCCCUCGGGCUUUCGAAAUCUUCACAGACAAUAAAACCUAUGUUUUCAAGGCCAAGGAUGAGAAAAAUGCAGAAGAGUGGCUCCAGUGCAUCAACGUGGCAGUUGCCCAAGCAAAAGAGAGAGAAAAUAGAGAAGUAACCACAUAUCUGUAGGGAUUUGCAAGCUGACCUCACCCUGAUUGCAUACAAUGGGCAUUGCGUUAUCAUUGCCAGAGUCAUCAAAAAGAGAUAAGUUCACCAAGUCAAGUUUUUUACUAAAUACCAGUGGAACCGUUUUCCAUAAGAAGCAGGACCUAAAAGUGUCAAGAUUCUUAAUACAUUUCAUAUCCUAAUUGCAUUUUCAUUAACUCCAGAACAUCUGUGUGAUACACACAGGAAAAGAGAGACAGAUGGCAUGGGGCCAGACAGGGGAGAGCUGGGCAUCUAGGAGCUUCUAGAGAUAUGUCAUUGUGCACUGAAAGAAAACAACUUAAAAUGAUACCUGAACUAACUAUCCGGAGGAAACAUUAGGCACUUUUGAUGAAAACCACAGCCUGUCUAAAGUAAUAAAAGAAAAAAAAUUCUAUUAGGAAAAGUCAAAUUAAAGGACACUCAGGAAAACCAUAUAACUUACUUAUAGAUGUAUCAUUCCAUUUAUCCUCUCCUAAUAAAAAUGAAGCUAACACAUGGUAAAAUGAUUCUCAAGUUUAACCUGUUAUGUCAUUAAAUGUCUGUUUUUUAGAACUACUUAUCUGAUAAUUCCUUUUAGGUUUAUAUAAUAUGACAGAAAGUUUAGAUACUUGGAUAUAUCUCCUACUCAAGGCAGUAAGUGUGAGCUAGGAUAAGCAUAGAAAACCAUUUUCUCCAUCUUCAAAACAUGUGCCAUUUCCAUUAAACUUUGAUAUUUUAAAGUUCUAUACUUUUCUUCUUUGUAUCAACAUUUUAAUACUUUCAAGUGACAAACAUGUAUUGGUGUUUGCCAUUACCCAUAAUUUUUUUAAAAAUUUAGCUGUGAUAGGCAGCAUUCUAGGAUGACUCCUACUGACCUACGUCCUGGUAUAGCCUCCUCCCACUGAGCAUGACGGGUCCUGUAACUUACUUCUAACUAAUAGAAUAUGGCAAAAGGGAUAGGAUUGUCUCUUCCAUGAUUAUGUUACAUUAAAUGGCAAUGAUGAAGAGAUUUCACAGAUAUAACUAAGGUCCUUAAUCACCUGACUUUGAGUGAAUCAAAAAGAUAUGACCCUGGAUGGUCCUGACCUAAUCAGACCAGCUCUUUAAAAGAGGGUGAACAAGUCAAAGACUUUCUCUCCCACUGACCUUGAAUAAGAAAGCUGCUGAGUUCUACAGCUUCAAGGAAAUGAAUUUUGCCAACCACCAGCUUAGAAGAAGAUCCCAAGCCUCAGUUAAGAGCCCAGCCCUAGCCAACACCUUGACUGCAGCUUUGCAAAACACUGAGCAGAGGACACAGCUAAAUUAUGCAUGUUCUCCUGUCCCAUGGAAACUUUGAAAUAAUAAACUAUGCUGUUUUAAGUUG